AUGUUUCCAGUCGGUACAGCCAGUGGAACAAAAAAAAAAGGCAAACAAGCAACAAAAGGUGAUGCGCAAAUAGCUAAAGAAAAUGUUGAAACAAUUCAAUUUUAUAAGAAUGUCUUAACUAUUGCUAAUGGUGUUUUUCUUGCUGUUCAUUUUAUCUUUUAUUUUAUUACCGGACUUUCAAUUGUUUCUCUUAUUCUUUUUGUAAUAUCAUCUAUUAUUGCAUGGUUUGUCUGGUCAUUUAUGCGUCAAAUUGGUACAUCAACAUCAGGUGGUAGUAUAACUGAUUUAAAUCUCUCAGGAAGUAUUUCUGAAUAUGCUAAAGAUAUUAUUUUAGUUAUUGUUAUUACACAAACAACUAGUUUAAUACAUCGAUAUUUUUGGUGGCUUUUAUUAGCUAUUCCAUUUUAUGCUCUUUACAAAGGAAUUACGUUGUAUUUCUUUUCACCUUAUGCACAAUUACGUAAUGCUACAACUCAAGAGCAAGAUGAUCAAAAUGACGAGAAAAAAGGUGGAAAACGAAAAAUUGUUCGUGUUGCUCGACAUUAA